UUUAAGUUUCAAUCCUCAGAAUCUACCAUUCACCUGAUCCCUUUCUCUCUCUAAAUCCGCUGUCUGCGGCCACAAAACCGUCUAAAGGAUUUCCUCUCUCUCUUCCUAAAACCCCAUAUCGGAACCGCAAUAAAGCACCUUAUAUAAAUAAACCCCAGUUUUCCUUUUAUGGGAAAGACGUGAUUGUUGUUGCUAUUGUCUUUUUAUCACUGUAUUAGUGUAUUACAAGCAUCAGGAGCAGAGUCCUCAUGAUGAAUCACCCUGCAAGCGUAACCCAAGAAUCUGGUUCUGUCUUAGAAUUUGGGUCCCAAUUGGCUUUCUUUGGCUUCAACAAGACCUUGAAUACUGUUAAUUCUGAUGGAUGCUCUUCAUUCAAGUCAAAUUACUUGUAUUUCAAUUAUUCUGUUGGUUCAAAGAGGCGCAGAGUGAGUGCUUCGUUGAGUUUGAGUAGUACAUGUGGUUCGAGUAUAAAGUCAAUUUGGAGUGAGUUCAAUAGAGUGAUUAAAUUUCAUUGCGAGAGAAUCCCAAUUGGGUUUGCUUCUGUUCGGGUUAAUUCGAGUGAUAGUAGUGGACUAUCAGACAAUGGGAAUGCUUUUCCGGUCGAGGAGGGUUUGCCUUUGAAUUGCGCAGAGGGCGAGAACCCAAAAAGAGUGCUUAUUUUGAUGAGUGACACUGGUGGUGGCCAUCGAGCAUCUGCCGAGGCCAUCAAAGCCGCGUUUAAUGAAGAAUUUGGUGAUAGAUAUCAGGUGUUUGUUACUGAUUUGUGGUCAGAGCAUACACCUUGGCCAUUUAAUCAAUUGCCCAGGAGCUAUAACUUCUUGGUAAAGCAUGGACCAUUGUGGAAGAUGACAUACUAUGGUACCGCGCCUCGUGUAAUUCAUCAAUCCAAUUUUGCAGCAACUUCAACAUUCAUUGCUCGGGAGGUUGCUAAAGGAUUGAUGAAAUACCAGCCAGACAUUAUUAUCAGUGUACAUCCACUCAUGCAGCAUGUUCCACUUCGUAUUCUGAGAGCAAAGGGUCUUUUGCAGAAGAUAAUUUUUACAACAGUAGUCACAGAUCUAAGCACAUGCCAUCCGACCUGGUUUCAUAAGCUUGUUACCCGAUGCUAUUGCCCAACAGCAGAGCUAUCAAGGAGAGCGUUGAGAGCUGGGCUGCAGCCAUCCCAGAUAAAGGUUUAUGGCCUUCCCGUGCGGCCUUCCUUUGUUAAGCCUGUUCGGCCAAAGGUUGAACUGAGGAGAGAAUUGGGAAUGGAUGAGAGUCUUCCAGCUAUUUUAUUGAUGGGAGGAGGUGAAGGAAUGGGCCCCAUUGAGGCUACUGCACGCGCACUUGGGGAUUCAUUAUAUGAUGAGAAUGUUGGGGAGCCAAUAGGUCAGGUCCUUGUGAUAUGUGGCCACAACAAGAAGCUUGCAAGCAGAUUACAAGCGAUUGAUUGGAAGAUUCCUGUCCAGGUGAAAGGGUUUGUCACUAAAAUGGAAGAAUGCAUGGGUGCUUGCGACUGCAUUAUAACAAAGGCAGGCCCUGGGACUAUUGCCGAGGCGAUGAUUCGAGGCCUUCCUAUUAUUUUGAACGGUUACAUUGCUGGGCAGGAAGUAGGCAAUGUCCCUUACGUCGUAGAAAAUGGAUGCGGGAAGUUCUCGAAAUCACCAAAAGAGAUAGCAAGCAUUGUGGCAGAAUGGUUCGGUCCAAAAGCAGAUGAGCUUAAGGCUAUGUCACAAAAUGCAUUGAAACUGGCUAGACCUGAUGCUGUAUUCAAGAUUGUUCAUGAUCUUCAUGAGUUGGUUAGACAAAGAAACCAUGUGGCCCAGUAUUCCUGCCCAGCUUAGAUGUUUCAAACAAAUAGAAAAUUUUGAUUUUGAGACACUCGGUUGGUGGCUAAUAUUACAUACUAUUAUCAGUUCCAUGAUUGGGUUGAGUUUUUACCAGUCCUUUUUAAGAGAUUUUUUUUCUUUCCAUCUACUUUAACUGUAACCAAUAAUUGUUGAUUACAUGCUAUCAACGAGACUUCUGACCGUAUAAUCUAAUCUGCUGGGGUGAUUAAAUUAUCUGUAA